ACCAGAUCACAUGUACAUUUGCCUUUAGAGGAGGUUUCUGCUAAAGGACCACAAAAGUUUAGCAGAGACUGAAGUUGGACACCUGGUCUUAAAGGUGUUUCUUUAAGGGGCAGGUAAUAAACUAAGAGCAACACAACAUCCCUGCAGAGAAAAAAGGAAAGAAGAGAAAACGCUGUAAACUUGUGUUUUGUGAAGGAGAGCUCUGAGACACGCCUCCCAGCAGCACGCGGAUCCGCGCUGUCGCGCUCUCGCGCUCAUUCCGCUCCGGUGUGUAAGCGGAUCUGCACACUGCUUAAUCUUCAUUAUCCUGCACACAAACCCGGGACUAUGUGGGAUUUAUGAACGGAUCAUCAUAAGGAGGCAGUUGGCGGCUAGAUUGGACUGAUUGGACUGAUUUGACCUCCACGUCCUCUCUGCUGUACGAUGCUUUACUUUCAGCUGGUCAUCAUGGCAGGGACGGUCAUGCUGGCGUAUUACUUUGAGUACACGGACACGUUCAACGUACACGUUCAGGGCUUUUUCUGCCACGACAGCGCGUACACGAAGCCGUACCUCGGACCGGAGGAGGCGAGCGCGAUCCCGCCGGUGCUCCUGUACGCGGUGGUGUCCGGUGUGCCCGCGCUGGUGAUCACAGGAACUGAGUCUGUGCUCUUCCUGCUGCAAUACAUCUCUGAAGAUCUGGACAACAGGGAGAAGAUCAUAGUGAUGGGCGACUGCUGUUACCUUAACCCCCUUGUGCGCAGGACAUUCCGCUUUCUUGGUGUGUAUGCGUUUGGCCUCUUCGCCACAGAUAUCUUCGUGAAUGCGGGUCAGGUAGUGACGGGGAAUCUGUCCCCUUACUUCCUGACUGUGUGUAAACCCAACUACACGGCUCUGGGUUGCCAGCAGGGUGUGCGCUUCAUCAACCAACAGGAAGCGUGCACGGGAAACGGUGACGACAUCCUGCGUGCUCGCAAAUCCUUUCCUUCCAAAGAAGCCGCUCUCAGUGUCUAUGCAGCCCUUUACAUCGCUAUGUACAUCACAUGCUCAGUGAAGUCCAAAGGCACACGUCUGGCCAAGCCUGUUGUCUCUCUGGGCCUCAUGUGCCUGGCUUUCCUGACCGGAAUAAACCGUGUGGUGGAGUAUCGGAAUCACUGGAGCGACGUCAUCGCCGGCUUCAUCAUUGGAGCGGCCAUCGCUAUCUUCAUGGUGGUUUGUGUAGUGAAGAACUUCAAAGGAAAAUCUCUGCUGAGCGAGAUACCGCCUGAGGAAAAUGUUUCCAGCGCUCCCAUGCUUGGAGAGCCCAGGAUGGAGAAAUACAUUGUCUCACAGAGUCCUAUUACCUAUGCCGAGGUCACAUGACGGCGACAUCACGAGAAAGUCCCAAAAUUCGAGGAAAACACUGCAGCUCUUCUUGUUGACAAACAAGUGCAAUGUUAUUUUUGAGGGAUUUUUUUUUUUUUUUUACCAUAAAUUACUGCAGCACUUAGUAUAAACCCAGAUUUUCCUUGUCUUGUUCUUUUACCAAAUGUAGUGCAUAUUCCUAUUUUUAUAAAGAUGACCAGUUUGUAUCAGCGUCCUUGAACACACAGCAUCAGGAAGUAAUGUUGCAAAGCAACAGUGUGCGUAGUGAAUUUUUGCUGUCCUACUGAAACCAUUUUGACAUUAGUCUAUAUGUUAAUAGGUUGUGUUACAUUACAUCUGUCAAUUAGUGUAUAAACAUAUGAUCCAUGGAUUCAUUUUACUGUCCAUAAAUAGAUGAGUUAAUUGGUGUUGUACAUAAAUAGACCAUUGUCUGAGCAAUUAUUUUCAAUCUGUCCAUUGUGGGUUGUUGUUAUUUGUAACGUUUUUUAGUGUUUGUGACGAUUGAUAACAUUUUUGUUGCUGAUCAUCUUUAAACAAAAUGUUACGUAAGGAAUAAAAAUGAUGGGGUGUGCUGUUAUAGGAAAAUAAUCAAUGAAAUGGGGUAUAAUGUGGCUCAUUGUGAAGCAGAGUUACUUAGUGUUAACACCUCAAAUUGAUUAUUUUCCAAUUAAAGUGCAUCUCAAAGUGUUUUAUUCCUCUUAUACUACAGCAGUUUGCCAAUUUUUUUUAUUAAUUAAUGUACAACACAUCAUACUUUUUGUCUGUUUGUAUCUACAUUUAAUGUUAUGGAAUGUCUGUGUUAGUUCCUGUUAUCAUUUUACAUUAUAGCAGCUAUAAAUAUUUGUCCAUUCAUGAGCCUCUCUUUUUUCCCUUUCUCUUGAAAUUAGUAAGAGUAUUAAAAACUAGAAAAGACUAGUACAUGUCAUGUUACCAAGAAAGCUCGAAGCCAACCACCCUGAAGACUUUGGCAUGUUGGAAAACUUAAAUCUUUAUGUCUGACUGUUACAAAGCGCUGAAACUGAAGACUCCUUCAAAAAAUACUAACAAAUAUUUUUCUACACUUUUUUAAACUGUUUCUGUGGAGCAUCUGUCAUACUAAUCCCUAUGUAAGUGUUUCCUGUAGAAAUGAUACUGUAUUAGAAGAUGUGUGUUAAUAUAAACCUGCAGCCACUACUACUACAGAACUUCUGUCAGAGCUGCUGGUAUAGAAGAUUAAUCAACACCUUCUGACCAAUCAGAGUUGAGAAUUUAACAGCACUGUGGUGUAAAGAAACUGUAUGCCAUUAUAACUUAGAAAUGUUGUGGGUUUCCACCAUUUCUUUAGCAAUGUGUUAAAAGGUGUGCACACAUCCGAGUACCAUUGUUGUACAGAUUUUUGUCAUUUUUGAUCUGCAGUGUGAGAGAAGUGAUAAGCGGGAGGUGAGAUUGAUUUUGGUGUCAUCGUUAGAGACAGCGGCUCAGCCAGGGCUGACACAUUUAAUUGACUGGAGAUUAAAGAACUCACAAAAGAUUAGACAUGCUCAGAAUUUGUACACACUGUCCAGCCACUGUGAACUUGUGUGUGUGUGUUUACGUCCUUCAUGUGCUCCACAUAAACACAGGACGACAUAGUUUUAUCAGUUGAGCCUUGUCAGACAAUCUGCAGUUUACCUCUAAAUGAUAUCUUUACCUUAGAGAGAGAUCUUACUGUGACAGAGCUGUUUAUUAUCAUUCUUUAUCCCAGAUGUGUCUCACUCGCAUCCUGCAAGGCCAGCGCAUGGUUUAUUGUUCAUUCAGUCUAACACGUCUAUGUAUCAUGUUGGAGUUAGAGAUUAGGCUUUCAUAAAAAUUGUUGUCAGAAAUCUGAUAAAAAUAGGCACAUGCAUAAUCAAUAUCCUAAAACAGGUAAAUUGGGUCAAAUAAAAAAACAAAAAACAACCAGAAACAGGAAACACAAACACUCUGUUCUCAGAAACUCAGAAACUCUGUACUCAAAUA